GGACAGCGAGGGGGGAAAAGCGCGCGUGGAGAAGAACCAGCUCCUCCUGCUCCAAAACCGACGACUCCUCCGGGAUGAACGAAGCCCAGGAUAAGCCACAGCACUGCAUCUGAUCCGAUUCUUCCUCAAGUAUCCAAAACAUCCACGCGAGUUGGUUAAGUUUGACAAGUGCCGUGCGUAAAGAGCAGAUGGCCGGCAGCUAAGGCGUCGCAGGGAGCCACGCAGUGACUGAAAAAGAGGUUUGCCUUCGGGGGACGCUAUGCCGCUUCUCGGGGCGGACAUGACGGAGGAGCUGUUGGCGAACGGCAGCUGGGACAGUCCAACUCCGGGUGGGCUGUUUUUUCUCAUGUUCAACGAAAGCGCUUUCAACGAGUCGCUAAACUCAACCAACUCCCCUGAUCCCAUGGGACCUAGCAUAACGGGCGUGCUAAUUCCAUUGAUUUACAUAGUGGUUUGCAUCAUCGGACUGGGAGGGAAUACUCUAGUCAUUCAUAUAAUCCUGCAUUAUUCCAAAAUCGAAUCUGUCACCAAUAUCUAUAUCUUGAACUUGGCAAUCGCCGACGAACUUUUCAUGAUUGGACUGCCUUUCUUAGCGGUCCAAAACACGCUGCAGUCGUGGCCGUUCGGACCUUUUAUGUGCCGUUUAGUUUUGACAGUCGACUCUAUCAACCAAUUCACAAGUAUUUUUUGUCUAACUGUCAUGACGAUAGAUCGGUACCUCGCUGUAGUCCACCCGAUCCGGUCUUCAAAAUGGCGGCGUCCGCAAAUAGCCAAAAUUAUCAAUGGGACCAUCUGGGCGCUUUCGUUUUUAGUCGUUUUGCCUGUUGUGAUUUUUUCAAAUACUAAUAAAAAAGGAAGAACUUGUAACAUCGCCUGGCCCGAACCCUCAAAUAUCUGGCGGGCUGCUUUUAUAAUUUACACCUCUGCUGUUGGCUUUUUUGUCCCACUUUUGAUUAUCUGCUUUUGCUACUUGCUAAUCGUCUUCAAGAUCCGUAGCUCCGGCAAAAAAGUCCACGCCACAUCGACAAAACGGAGAAAAUCUGAACGAAAAGUUACGCAUAUGGUGAUAAUUGUUGUCGCGUUGUUCGUGCUUUGCUGGAUGCCUUUUUAUCUUCUCAACAUCAUAAACUUACUAGUAGCGCUACCUUCCGAAUACCACGGCCUGUACUUCUUUGUCGUCGUUCUAGGCUACGCUAACAGUUGCGCAAAUCCGAUCGUGUACGGUUUCCUGUCGGAUAAUUUCAAAAGAGGUUUCCGGAAAGCGCUGUGCAGGUCUACGAGGAGGGUUGAAAAUCACGAACCGAUCGAGCGACAAGAGCAACGGGACGAGGUAAGGCGGGCGCUAAUGCCACGGGAAAGUUUGAGAAGAGUUAUCCGAGACGUGGACGAAGACGAUGAAGAUAUGUCGGAAAUGACGGAAAUCUACCGAAUCACUCAAAACGGGAAUAGCGAUUUCCGGAAGCAAACUUCGCAAAUGCUUUUCACGGACAAUAGACUGGUACCAGGGAUGACCGAGAUGUCGUCACCCGAAAAGAGAGACAAAAUGGCUGACCCAAAAUGUCCAAAUAACUCAAUGAACGGGUCCGGUCUGGGUGCUUCGCUUCUUUUGAAUGGGACCAAAAAUGGAAGCAUCAAAACUCUACCAGAGGAGAACACGGCGGAACAGAGCACCUCCUUAGAGAUCAGCUACUUAUAACUGAUCAAGAGAAAAAGUGGUUCAGCUUAUUUGAACAUUGGCCCCAUUUUCUAAAGCUGUAAAUAACCAUUUUGAAGCACAAAAGGACUAUAUUUAUGUAAUGUAUGUUUUGUACAAAUGUUAAACAAAUAGAAAGUUUAUUAAAGACCCUAAAUUACGCUAUUUUCUGACCUAUGUUAUAAUGUUGUUUCUUCAUCAAAAACAUACCUCACAAACCCUGCAUAUUGAGUCUGAGGUCUUCUCUCAAACUGAAAACACUCUGUUGCACCUUGUGAUGUCAUCAUGUGGUAAUACAGGAAGUGCUCCACUGUGUUUUUAAACUCCAC